UCUGUAUACUACACAUACAUAUUGUAAGUGAAAUCCUGUGAUCUCCAAUCUCUGGUUCACAGAGUGCUCACUCCUUCUUUCUUUCGUUCUUUUUCUGCUGCGCAGACGCUCGACGUUGAUCGUCGUUUGACUAGUUUUAGGUACAGAGCUCUAGCCAGGUGCUAUCGUUCCUCUACUCUCCGGAAGAGUGCCAUUUCCAUCAAUCCGAUUCAGCUCACCAGCCAACCCAUUCGUUAGGACGUCUGUUUUCUUGAUCCUCCGACGCUCUUCUACACAACACUCCAUUUAGUUCCAUCAUCCAGGCAAAAACAAUCAUGUUGUCGAAGAAAUUGAUUGGAGCAUGGGCAUUCUUUGUUAUAUGUCUCAUGGCCGCUGGUAUCCUCUCGCUGACCUUGUCCAUCGUAUGGCGUCAACCCAACCUUAUGCUGAACUUGACGUUUAGCGGUGUGAACUUGACUGCUGGCAGCGUGCUUGGUAUAACUCUCCUUGCCACAUUUGUUCUGUCACUGCUUGUUAUUACACAACGCGGCACCCUGGGCCUGAAAAUUCUCAAUUGGAUACUUCUUGCAAACAGCAUCAUUAUUCUACUCAUCGGCACAUAUAUUUGGAUCUUCACGCUGCACGAGCGGAAUAACUAUCAUGCUGUAUUUGGGCAACAGAGUAACGAGACCAAGAUUUUGAUCCAGGAUAUGCUCAAGUGCUGUGGUUACUUCGACGCUACCGAUGAGGUUGCGUUUGGAGGCACUAUAUGCCCCAAUCAGGCCGCUGCAACUGCUUUGAACAAUUUCUGUGUCACGCCCAUCACCAAGUUUACCGAUCUGACACUGAACAACAUCUUCAGCACUAUCGAUGGUUUCAUGGCAAUCGUGAUUGGUCUUUUCCUGGCAAAUAUGUGCGUUAUCAAGAAGAGGCAGGAGUUCGAGCGCUUUGAAAAGAUCGACUCGAAACGUGGGGUGCACAGUUUUUUUUAAAGCGCGUUGCUACCGCUCUUCAAUUGUUAUCGAUUGAUCUGGAUUGCUCUAUUCGUUCACGCAAUCAAGGUUACCCGUAGUCCGUGACUGCGGAUGGUGUUUAAACCAAUACUUGUCUUUUUAAUUCGAGGACAUUGUUCCAUUGGUUUCAUAUCGGUUUAUUUCGCUGGUCUUGGAUACAAGCCAGACCUACCUAAAGAAGGAAGAACAGUCCUUGUUUAUGUCUUGGAUGUGGACAUCCCCUUGAGCCUUUUGUUUGUACCCAGUGAACCAAUUGUUGUAGUAACUAUCGAUAGUGAUUGGGCAUUCGAUGUUUCGAACUUUGAAACAAAAUUUAUCCGUGUGAU